UCUGGAGACAUAGCGAGAGGACGAUCUGGACGCAUGACUUCCGUUUUCUUCCAAUUAUCAGCAUGAUCCCUAAGAUGCAGGAAGUGAAAUGGCUCUAGCAACGAGACCCCUGUGCACCAAGCUGGGUCAGUUGACCCAGAGGUUGGGACGGAGGUGGGUGUCCAAAUGGUCCCCCUUGGCUUCAGCGUUUAAUGCUAAACCCACCAAAGCUCUCAAUCUCAGCCUCACAAGGGGAAAUGCAGGCCUGUUUUGUAUCCCAGAACUGACAGACUACAGAGGGUUUUAUCUCCUCCAGCAGCGAGCCUGUGAUGACGUGGAGAAACUGGUUGAAGAAGCAACCAGUCCGAAAAGGACACGCAAGAUGGUGGUGGUGUUUGAUGAGCUGUCAGACACACUCUGUCGGGUCGCAGACAUGGCGGACUUUGUGCGAGUGUCUCACCCGGAUCAGGACUACUCCAUGGCUGCAGAGGAGGCCUGUGUUGGACUGUCGGGACUUGUUGAAAAACUCAACACUGAUACUAGCCUCCACCAGGCCCUGAAGUCUGUGAUAGACAAUGGAGACUCCGUCCCCACUGACGAUGUGGACAACAGGGUGGCCCAGCUCUUCAUGUUUGACUUUGAGCAAAGCGGGAUUCACUUACCAGCUGACAAGAGAGAGCAGUUUGUGAAGCUGAACGAAAACAUCCUGAUGCUAGGGAGCUAUUUUGUUCAGCGAACACAUCGUCCAUCCUCCGUACCUAAAGAUAAACUGCCACAGAAUCUUAGAUAUUGUUUCAACGUUGAUGGCGACAACAUCUCUGUCACGGGCCUGUGCUCUGACCACUACAGCGACGUGGUGCGUGAGACUGCAUAUAAAACAUUUCUGUAUCCCGACCACCACCAGUUAGAGAUCCUAGAUGCGUUGUUACAUGCACGACACCAGUUGGCUCAACUUGUUGGUUUCCCAACCUACGCUCACAGAGCCACGAGGGGCACAAUACUAGAAAACCCAGAAUCUGUGACAAAGUUCUUACAGAGCUUGUCCGACAAAUUGAAAGACAGGGCUGGAAAAGACUAUGCAGACAUUCUUCACCUCAAGCAGAGACUCUCAAGUUCCGAUCUGCAUGUCAUGCCCUGGGACCCGCCAUACUACUCAGCCAUUGGCAGACAGGAGAGAUGCAACGCAAGUUCAACAGAGUUGUCUCCCUUCUUCUCCCUGGGCUCAUGCAUAGAGGGUCUGAACCACUUGUUCCGCAGCCUCUACAACGUCACUUUGCAGCGGCAGAAAACACAGCCAGGGGAGUGCUGGUCACAUGACGUUCAUAAGCUGGCUGUGGUCCACGAGGCCUAUGGGGUGCAGGGAUACAUCUAUUGUGAUUUCUUUGAAAGAGCAGGAAAACCACCCCAGGACUGCCAUUUUACAAUCCAAGGAGGCCGAGAGAAGCGAGAUGGCAGCUACCAGCUCCCUGUGGUAGUCCUCCAGCUGAACCUGCCACCCCCUCAGUCUCGAUCCCCAUCCCUGCUCACCCCGGGGGCCAUGGAGAACUUGUUCCAUGAGUUUGGUCAUGCCAUGCACUCUAUGCUUGGUCGCACAAAGUACCAACAUGUCACGGGUACACGAUGUUCAACAGACUUUGCCGAGGUGCCGUCGGUACUGAUGGAGUUCUUUGCAGCUGACCCCAGGGUGCUGUCAACAUUUGCCCGACACUACAAGACUGGGGAACCUUUGGCACCAAGCACCAUCCAAGAUCUGUGUCUGUCCAAGAGAAUGUAUGCUGCAUCGGAGAUGCAGCUGCAGGUGUUCUACUCUGUCCUGGACCAGGUGUACCAUGGAUCCCACCCUCUGGGAAGGUCCACGACACAGGUCCUGGCAGAUCUGCAGGCGGAGUACCAUGGCACACCCUACAUUGACAACACGGCGUGGCAGUUACGAUUUGGUCACCUGGUUGGUUAUGGCGCCAAGUACUACUCAUAUCUCCUCUCAAGAGCAGUGGCAUCUAAGAUCUGGUACCAGAGCUUUAACCAGAACCCUUUCAGCAGGGAGUCGGGUGAGCUGUAUAGACGAGAAGUCCUCGACCAUGGAGGGGAGAAACCACCAACCCAGCUUGUACAAGGUAUGCUUGGAGAGACACCGACAGCAGAAACACUGGUGAUGUCUCUUGUUCAGGAUCUGGAUGAAGGAGCAAGAUUGCUGGCCACAUAGCAGAGUUACACUGAAAUUUGUAAAACCAACAUAUUCCAUUGAGUAACAAAGCAAGAUGUUCAUAGUAACACAUCACAUUGCAGCCAUGCAGAAUAACGUGAUGUGAAAGCCUGGCAAUGGGGGAUCAUGAAUAGUCAUGAGUAUCAUGCAUUGUGAUGAGUUAGUGAGUGAGUCGGGUUUAAACCUGCUUUUACAACUGAUCUAGCCAUAUUCUGACAUUGGAACACCAGAGAUGUUCAGUGCUAAAUAUCCAACAUGUUGGGAAUUGAACGAAGGCUUCCUCUGUGACGAACAACAGAUCAAAAUUGCUUUUAGAACUGAUGCAGCCCUAUUCUGACAUAGGAACACCAGAGAUGGUCAGUUCUCAGUGUACACAUGUAGAGAAUUGAACCCAGGCUUCCCCUGUGACGAACAACAAUCAAAACUGCUUUUAGAACUGAUAUUCUGUCAUGGGUACACCAGAGAUGGUCAGUUCUCAGUGUACACAUGUAGAGAAUUGAACCCAGGCUUCCCCUGUGACGAACAACAAUCAAAACUGCUUUUAGAACUGAUAUUCUGUCAUGGGUACACCAGAGAUGUUCAGUUUUAGUCUACUCAUGUGGGGUAUUGAACCCGAACUUUCUCUUUGACAAGAGAACUGAUGUUUAGAACUGAUCAGUCUACGCUAAAUUACCAUUUUGCUGUCCUUGCAGAGUGUAGAACACAAAGGCUCCAGACUAACGAUCAAAUUACCAUCUCAUCCUGCUGGGUACCGAUCUAAUGCUGGGUGAAGAAUAAUAUUCUCAUUUAUCGUGAACUUCAGUGUAACUUUUGGGAACAUUUGUAUGAAUUGUGCUCUUAAAAAGAAACCAAACUUUUGAAUACUUCUUGACAUAAAUGUUAGAGAAACAUUAUUUUAUUUAUGUGAUUGACUCAAGUUCUGUUACACCAAAUGAUACAAGAAAUACAAAUAAAACAAAUAAUGAUCAUCUGUUAUUGGAUUUGUGGAUGGUUAUCAAAAUGUGGCACAACAACCCCGUCUGGGAUGUUGGUGUUGUUCAUUAAGAUUUUGUCUGAUCGUAACAAGGUCAGGUUUACAGCCAUGUGAGAGAAAGGCUAUAUCCUCCUUUUCAGUUGGCACUCGUGGUUGAUCGGAACGCUGAUGUCCUGAACGUCCUUAGUUUGCUGAUAUUUUCUAGCCAAUCGGCUGAUAGUUGAUGGAUAAACAUGGAACGUGAUCUGUGCAAACUGGGAGUGAGACCCACAAUCAUCGUUUUGGCAUGCCUAAGGGACGCAACUCUACCACACAUAUUGCAGCACCUCAGUCUACCUGUUCUCCCCAAUUUUUAAGGGAUUGUCAUCAUUGUUUUGUGUGGAAGUGAUACUUGCAAUUUCCCGUAUAUUGUAUUAAUACCCGAGCGUAGAUGUCAUACUGUAUUUACAACAUGAGUUACAGAGAGUGAGGGAAAUAUCAUUUUUCUGGCACAAGUUUUGUAAGUACAAUAUGACAUCUACGCGAGUGGGUCCUUAUGACCCCCUACUCUUCAGAAGGCUGAAAUAUAGUGUUUAUUAGUGUUGAUAAAUGUGUCAGACGAAGGAAACAAGAGUGAUUGAAGUUGUAGUAAACAUUGUAUCUGUAGUAAAAAGUUAUGAAUGAAAAAAGUAGUCCCGCAUUCCGAUGUCACGUGAUUGUCUCAGUCGGCCAAUGAAAUUACCCCUAGGGUUUAUUACACAUGUGCUACGUAUCGAAAAUACAUCAUCACCUAUUUUAACUCAUAUGGAUAAUAAAAAAGAUUCUUUCAAAUCAUGCACGUAUUACCUUAUGCGUUUAUGUGUAUGUACAUAUUUCAUUAUACAUAGGAAGGCAUGUUGACUAUACAAGUACACGUAACAUCACUGUUUUGCUUAAGUUGGACGUGUGGAAAUAUUGAGUAUGAUAUGUUUUGUGAAUGUUGUUUAAGAUGUCCCUGUUUUAUAGAAUACAAAUACAUGACAUGUA